UACUGCAGCCUUUUUGACAGGGAGCGCGCUUCCCAAUUUACCCUCCCGCUGCGCUCGCUCCCUGUACCUUAAAAAAGCGCGUGCACGGCUGAAGGUCACUUAAACACAAAAGGCUUUCAGCGCUGCGGUCCAAUAUAGCGCAUGCGCUCUGCCGGAGGACUGCUUCACAGACCGCAAUAUGGCGAGAAUGCCUGCCAGCGGAGACACGGAGCAAGAGCAGAUGAGUUGCCCCGAGAGGAGCAGGGAUGAUGAUAACGAAGAGGAAGAUGACAUCCAGGAGGUCCAGAUCACCGGGGAGGAGGAGGAUGAGGAGUCCGAUAGAGAUGAUGUGGAGCUGGAGUGGGAGUCGGGCAGUACACUGCUGGACUCCAGCGGUUCCGCCGCAGAGACACAAGCGGUCGUUAUGCGGAGUAUGGACCGAGAAGAGGAGGAGGGAGAGGUGGAUCCCUUCAGCGGCAACAUCACCGCUGGAUUUGAGUCUCACCUGGAAGGAGACCUUCAGCGGUCAGAACGGAACAGGCUGAGCGAGAACACCCGCCUGGCCACCCGGUAUGCGGUGAGGAUCUUCAGGGAGUACCUCAGUGAGAAAGCCCAAAGUCCAGACUUUGAAACUCUGGACAAGGAGGCGCUCUGCGCUGUGCUGCGCUCCUUUUACGCGGAGGCGCGCUCCAAAAGUGGACAGCUGUACAGCAAGUCGUCCCUCAUCAGCAUCCGGAGCUCACUGAACCGGUACCUUAACGAGCCGCCCUACUGCCGGACCUUAGACCUCACUAAGGACCCAGAGCUGCGCAGCGCCAACUUGACCCUGGCCGCGGUCAUACGGAGGCUGGAGGAGCAAGGGGCCGGUCCAGUGGUGCAGAAACAAGCCAUCACUCGUUCGGACCUUCGGAAACUGUACGAGUCCUCUGUGUUCAACACCGACACGCCGUUCGGGCUGCUUAACAAAGUCUGGUUCGAGACUUGUAUGUAUUUCUGCACCAGGGGUCGGGAGAACCAGAGGGAGCUGGAGGAAGACUCGUUCGGUCUGGCGGUUGAUGAGGACGGGAGAAAGUUUGUCUAUUUUAAAGCUCUCGGACCGUACCACAAGUCUCGCUCCGCCGCCUGGACCAAGAAACGUCCGGACGCAGACGAGGACACCUUGCCGCGGAUGUACGAGACGGGCACUGAGCAAUGUCCGUACGCCAGUUUUGUCCGGUACGUGUCUAAACGGAACCCCCUCUGCAGGGCGUUCUUCCAGCGGCCCCGGGACCACUGCUGCGCUAACGACGUGACGUGGUACGAGAACAAAGCCAUCGGUAAGAACCUGUUGGGCACGAGGAUGCAGAUGUUGUCGCGCGCCGCCAAGCUCUCCAAGACCUACACCAACCACUGCAUCGGUGCCGUCUCCAUAGCAACGCUCAACAGCAUCGUGGGCGCCGCGGGCUCCAGGCAGACCACGACGCUUUACGUUGCCUCGGAAACGGUCAACGGUCACACGCAGUCCCACCUCCAGCUCGUGAUACCGUACCUCCGACGGGUAACCGAGGCUGCGGAUCUGAAGCCGCAGCGGACAACAACAGCAACGACAUCAUUAACAAUAAACACAUUAGCAACAACAACAGCGAGCAGAGCCGCCGCUGAUGAGGACUCGGGGGCUCCUUAUGCCAAGAAGCUGUGCGUGCGCCCCGGGACACGCGCGGAGUCGCCCAUGGAGCGGAACAAGAGCGAACCGGUGCCUACGAGAGCUGAGGAGUCCCGUAUUCACAUACAACAGGCCAUCCACUCUCCGCUCGCUGCGCCCACACAGGACAGCCAUGGCAGCAGCAGCAGCAGCAGCAGCAGCAUGUCGGGUCAGCGGCUCGUCUCCGUGUCUCCUCUGAGCACCACUGGCAUCCCCACACCAGCCAAGCUCACCAAAACCAACGCACCUGUCCACAUUGAUGUAGGAGGACACAUGUACACCAGCAGCCUGGGCACCCUCACCAAGUACCCCGAGUCGAGGAUCAGUCGUCUGUUUGAUGGAACGGAGCCCAUCGUGUUGGACAGCCUAAAGCAGCACUACUUCAUCGAUCGAGACGGCCCCAUGUUCCGCUACAUACUUAACUUCCUCCGGACCUCGAAACUCCUCAUCCCUGAUGACUUCAAAGAAUACUCUCUGCUGUAUGAAGAGGCCAGUUUCUUCCAGCUGGCUCCUCUGCAGGCCGAGCUGGAGCGCUGGAGAACUGAACAGGAAUGUAAGGGUGUGUGUCUGGAGUGCGAGUGUGUCGUGAUUCAUGUGGCUCCGGAGCUCGGCGAGAGGAUCGGCGUGAGCGCCCGCCGGGCUGUGAUCGAGGAAGUUUUUCCAGAGGUCAGAGAUGUCAUGUCCAAUUCUGUAAACACCAGCUGGAACCAGAACUCGCACGUCAUUCACUUCCCGCUCAACGGAUACUGCCAUCUCAGCUCCGUCCAGGUGUUGGAGCGGUUACAGCAGAGAGGGUUCUGGAUCACGGGUUCAUGCGGUGGCGGAGUGGACUCGUCCCAGUUUAGUGAAUACAUUCUACGGAGGGAAAGCGGAGGCAGCCGGAGACUGCCCAACCUCAUCCAGAUCAAACGGGAACUCGUGGACUAAACUCAGAGGAAAUCACUGAAUUCUCCCCUUUUGCACACAUACCAGCAACUGUUCUGUGCAAGUACUUGGCCAGUUGGGGGCGCCCUGGUAGCUCACUGGGUAGAGUGCAUGGCAUGUGUUAACACUGAGUCCUUACUGCUGGGAUCAUCUUCAGCCUGGGCCCGUCACUAUAUGUCACCCGCUCUCUCUGUACCCCGCCUCUCUUCAACCGUCGCUGCUACGCUACAGAAAGCGCAUACGCCAAAAAAGGGGACCAGCUUCACAGCACCACGAAAGACGUCAGCAAACUGACCGCACAUGGACACACACACAGACACAGAAACUCUGCUACAUACUGUAGGUGACUGAUAGAAGGAAAUUAAUGUAUUUUUCAUACUUUAUCCAUUGGUACAGGGAUUGGCAGGGGAUUAUGGGAAAUAUGAUCCUGAUUCUGAGAUACACUGGCAGUAGCAUUGCUAUUUAUAUUAAAUGUUGUGAUACAGUAUAUUUCUUGAAAAUUCAAUUGAGAAACCAUCAGCCGAUAACCUAACCAGAUCCUGUCUGUUUUUGGCCAAUCCAUUAAAUUAAAUACCUAACGAA